UUUUAGUUAAAAUACAAGAGAAUGUAAAUACUACUUUUAAUAAUAAUAUAAUAAAUUUAAUGCAAAGUUCCUCUUCUUUCAAUGGUUACCCACAAAUAUUGCCUUGUCCUUCAACAAUUAAACAGAUUUAUUGUUACAAUGGAGGUCGUUGCCAUAUAUUAACUUCUGAAUUUAAUUUUACUAAACAAUUAUCGUCUCCAUUUUGCAGGUUAGUGGGAGAGAGAAAUAUAUUUAAAUAA